UACAGCUGGUUAACUUGUCGGCCCGUCGAACAGUUACGCAUAAUUAAGAUGUUAUUAACAUUUCAGGACAGAUUACGUAUUCCAUGGCGUGGCGGAUCUAAGCAUGCCACAUUGGGUAGCCUUAUUCCCGUUGUUGCGAUUCCAUUACUUAUUAGCUUAGCAGCAAUCAAUGCAUAUACCUGCAUUAUAUUAUUUUUAACAAGCUCUGUGAUAAUGUGUUAUGCUUUCAAUUACGUCCAGAGCAAAGCAAUACGGACAAGUUUUUUCAGCAUAUGGGUGUUUUCAUCAUUGGUCUACUUGAUAGUGUUGUUUGAAUUCACUGUACCGCUUUUGGAACUACUCCCAGAAGAGAAUUGGGCUUUAGUCGCACUCUCCAUAAUUUCAUUGAUUUGCUUUUAUCAGACUCGUAAGCGAGCUAUAUUAAAUCACGUCAUACAGUUUGCUGGAACAGCAAAUGGAGUACUCAUCGUUACAGAAACAAGCGUCGCAGAGGAAGAUAAGACGAUAAAAGCAGUUUUCCUGCUAGAGCAGGACUUGGAAGAAAUACAGCCAACUGAUUGUGCGAACCGCGUUCAAUCAAAUGUUUGCUCAAUCUGUAGUAAGUGUGUGCCGGCGCGAGCUGUACAUUGCUCAGUUUGCAGUGCUUGUAUUAAGAGACACGACCACCACAGCUAUUGGUUAAAUUGCUGCAUAGGAGAAUCAAAUCAUCGUUUCUACAUUUUUGGAUUGUUAUUUAGCACAUUCGCAUUAUUAUUGGGCGCUAAUUUGACACUUACUGCUGUUUGUCAUCCUUUUAUAGCAGCAAAUAUAUUAGGACUGCACAUAUUGCUACCGGAUGAUUGCACCGAGGUUUUUGACAUAUACGAGUUCGGCUUAGCUUUUGUCAUUGCUGCCUAUGCUUUAAUGAGACAAAUAUAUUUCAUUUCGCGUGGAACAUCAUUACAUGAAAGCAAAACAGAGGUGGGCGGGAAUAAUAAAACUUUGAAGUACAACUGGAGGAAUUUUGUAUUUUAGUAAGAAAUAUAUCGUUACCUUAAUAUAGAAAGGCCCUAACUCACUUUCAUUUUGAGUCCACAUUUAUACGAAAUCUGUAAAAUAGCUCACAAUAUAUCUAAUAGAAAUUGAAAACAAAUAUUACAGCGUUAGAUAAAAUAUUUUGUUUGAUAAAAAUCAGCACUUCGACGAAAUUCGCAACCAUAGAACUUUGCUUUUUACUAAAUUUUCAAACUGUCUUUGAAAGAACGAAAAUUUUAGAUAUGGCCUUUCUAUAUUAUGGUAACGAUAUGUAUGUCGUGAGUAAAUAUGUAAAACUAGC